AUGAACAAAGGAUUUUUGUCAAAGAAAAGUUUUCACCCGGGAAAGCUGAGCAACCAGAAGAAAGUUUGGGAAGCCGAGCAUAGACACGAAGAGGAAUUAAAGAAGAUCGAAACAUUAAAACGUGAACAUGCAGAGGAGGUUGAACGCGUUGAGGAAGAAAAGCGGAACGCUGAGGAGCGAGGGGAGGCGUAUGUUGAGAAAUUGAAUUGGAUGUAUGAUGCUCCAAUGGGAGUUGACAGUGGAGUUAUAGAUGAGUCACAGACUGUCCAAACCCAAACACCAACGUGUAUAAUAGAACAGAGAGAGAUCAUUAAAAAAGUUGAGCAUGAUCCUUUGUAUUUAACAAAGCGAAAAGAAGAAGCCGAAUUAACAAAAGUACUUCGAAACACUGUUAAACUUCGUGAAAUAGAAGAGAAGGAGAUUCGAAGACAAGUCGCUCGCUUCUCUCACGAACGAAACAAACUGGAACUAGAAAAGAUCAAAUCAAAAAUUUGGAUCACCAGUGAACGUGGUAAAGUCGGGGAAGAGAUUAUUCGUGACAACGCAGUACUCUGGUCAUGGUGGCGUGAGCAACUUCGUGAUGAGCGUACAUCUGAGAUUCGUAAGAACAAUUGA